CUAGAGGAGGUGUGGUCACCUGGAGUUUCCCCAGCAGAAACUUCAUCACCGGGUGAGGAAAUCAUCACUCCGGGACGUGUACUCUCCCGCCCUUCUUCCAGCUCAUAAAGAAAGUCUGCCUCCAAAAGUCUGUACGACCUUGCGGUGAAUUCGGCUUUGAAGGGUGGCGACCAAUGAUGGGGCAGCAGUAAAAAUCCCCGACAGCAAACUACCCUGGAGCAGCGAGGGUACUCUACUACACUGCUGGGUUCCUCGGUGCCUGCCGCUGUGCUUACGAAAGGGGGCCCGGGGCGCGGGACCCAGAGGCGCGGAGCCCACCAACGCGGCCCAAGGGGGGGCACCGAGGCGUGGCGUGGGGCACCAACUCUGCCUUCCUGUCUCCAGUCGAGAGGACCUGGCUGCACCUCUGCGCCAGAAUCCAGCGAGAUUAUGGAAGAGUGUAGCCACAUGCAAAAGCAGUUGGAUUUACAAAAUGGUAGCACCGAGGAAGGAUUUGUAGUGCAAUCCCUGGACACAGAUUCCCAAAAUAUGAUGGAGAGCCUAAGCCCCAAAAAAUAUUCUUCCAGCCUGAAAUUUAAAGCCAAUGGAGACUAUUCUGGUUCAUAUUUAACCCUCUCACAACCCGUGCCUGCUAAGAGGAGCCCUUCUCCUUUGGGCACCAAUGUCAGGAGCAGCCCCUCCUUGACCAAAAUCCAGGGGAGCAAGCAAUUCUCUGAUGAAACCGAUAAGAGUAUGUCCAUGAAGCCUCCCACUCCCGUCCUUAGCACUACACACUCCCUCAGUGGCUAUCCACUUGGAAGGGCAGAUUUUGAGCAUUAUACUGGCCGGGACACUGAAAGGUCCUCGAGACUUUCAGAGAAACCUCCCUAUUCUAAAUACAGCUCUAGGAAUAAAUCCCAUGAUAAUGUCUACUUUUUUGGAGGACUGGAAGGACGAAAGGCAUCUGGCUCACUCCUGGCCAUGUGGAAUGGUGGUUCCCUGAAUGACAGUGGGCCCCCUCCCAUCAGCAGAUCUGGGGCAGCUAGCAUGCCUUCAAGCCCAAAGCAAGCCAGGAAAAUGAACAUUCAGGACAACCUGGCACUUCAGCCCAAGUUAACCCGACACAAGGAACCGGCGUCUGAAAAUGUCAGUUUAAGAACUAGGAAGUAUUCAGGCAGCAGCCUAAGCCACAUGGGAGCCUACAGCAGAUCGCUUCCCAGGUUGUACAAAGCCACAGAGAACCAGCUGACGCCUCUCAGCUUGCCUCCAAGAAAUUCUCUCGGCAAUUCCAAACGAACCAGACCCGGGGAAAAGGAUCUACCUCAUAGCGUGAUAGACAAUGACAAUUACCUUAAUUUUUCCUCUCUAAGCUCAGGGGCUUUGCCUUAUAAAACCUCUGCUUCUGAGGGCGUUCCUUAUGCAAGUUCCACCCUCAGUGUACCUGCCAGUCCUCGGGUGGCUCGGAAGAUGCUUCUGGCCUCCACCUCCUCCUGUGCCUCUGAUGACUUUGACAGGGCUCUAUUCUCGGGGACCAGCCCAAGCCAUUCAUUUCCUACUGUGGAAAUAGACAGAGUGUUCGCGGCCAGGAGAAACUUCUCUUGUGGCUCUGUGGACUUCGAUGACACUGAGUUGGACAGCCUCAGACAGGCCUCAGGGACCCCCCAGCCUGUCCUUCGGGAAAGGAAAAGCAGCAUCAGCUCCAUUUCAGGACGAGAUGACCUCAUGGAUUAUCAUCGGCGACAGAGGGAGGAAAGAUUGAGGGAGCAGGAGAUGGAGCGAUUGGAAAGACAGCGUCUGGAGACCAUCCUCAGUCUCUGUGCUGAGUACACGAAGCCUGACAGUCGCUUGUCCGCAGGCACGACCGUGGCAGAUGUGCAGAAAAUCAACAGGGAACUUGAAAAGCUGCAGAUCUCCGAUGAGGAGUCAGUGUUUGAAGAAGCCCUGGUGUGCCCUGACACAAGAUACAGGUGUCACCGGAAGGGCUCUCUCCACAAUGCGGAUUUGGCGGGCUUUGGGAGCCUCAGUCAGAGCAGUGCCAGCUUCCUUGCCCCCAGGAACAUCAGGAACGAUGAACUGCUUGGCGACCUCACCAGGACUCCCCCAACACCCCCGUCUGCCUUUCUGAAAGCUUCCAGCGAGUCCUCCUACCUAAGUAUCUUACCAAAGACCCCAGAAGGGAUAAGCGAAGAACAGAGGACUCAGGAGUUAGCCGCAAUGGAAGAUGCCAGAAUCACAAUUCUGAACAACCUUGAAGAACUUGAACAAAAAAUCAAAGAUAUAAAUGACCAAAUGGAUGAAUCCUCCAGAGAGUUGGAUAUGGAAUGUGCUCUUUUGGAUGGAGAGCAGAAAUCUGAAACAACUGAACUUAUGAAGGAGAAGGAGAUUUUGGAUCAUCUAAACCGGAAAAUAGCAGAACUGGAAAAGAACAUUGUUGGUGAAAAGACCAAGGAGAAGGUAAAGCUUGAUGCUGAAAGGGAAAAACUAGAGAGGCUUCAGGAGCUUUACUCCGAGCAGAAGACCCAGCUGGACAAUUGUCCUGAGUCCAUGAGGGAACAGUUACAACAACAACUGAAGAGGGAUGCUGACCUGUUGGAUGUUGAAAGCAAACACUUUGAAGACCUAGAAUUCCAGCAGCUUGAGCAUGAGAGCCGUCUGGAUGAGGAAAAGGAGAACUUGACCCAACAGCUCCUGCGUGAAGUGGCUGAAUAUCAGCGGAACAUAGUCACUAGAAAGGAAAAAAUUUCAGCACUGAAAAAACAAGCCAAUCACAUUGUUCAGCAGGCUCAGAGAGAACAAGACCAUUUUGUAAAAGAAAAGAAUAAUUUAAUAAUGAUGCUACAAAGAGAAAAGGAAAAUCUUUGUAAUUUGGAAAAGAAAUACUCCAGCCUUUCUGGGGGAAAAGGGUUUCCUGUUAACCCCAGUACGCUCAAAGAGGGCUAUCUCAGUGUAAGUGAAAUUAAUGAGCCAUGUGGCAAUUCCACGAAUCUGUCCCCUUCCACUCAGUUCCCUGCUGAUGCUGAUGCUGUUGUCACUGAGCCCGCCUCAGCUGUGCCGGUGAGCCAGCCACAGAGUACGGAGCAAAGACCACCUGUCUGUUCUGGAUUUAUGUUUCCUUCCACUCUUUCUCCUCAUCCUGUCAUUCAACCUUCAUCAAACCCUUGGCCCGAAGUCAUGGCUCCACCUGUUGAUCCUUUCCCUUUAAAUGACACACCUCCUCCUCUACCAGCUAAGAAACACAGAAGGCAACAGCAGCAGGAACCACAGCACUUUAGAAGUCUGGAAGAAAGGAAAAAACAGCAUAAAGAAGGCCUCUAUCUGAGUGACACUUUGCCUCGAAAGAAAACCACACCUUCCAUCUCCCCACAUUUCAGCAGUGCUACAAUGGGGAGAAGCUCCACCCCAAAGGCUCACCUGCCUCUGGGACAGAGCAACAGCUGUGGCAGUGUGCUCCCUCACUCGCUGGCAACCAUGACCAAAGACUCAGAAUCUCGGAGGAUGCUCAGAGGAAAGUCCAAGAAAGGAAGAAUCAAUUCCUUAGCAGGCGCAAUUAGUAAUUCCAAAAGUUCAAGUGUAAAAGGUUAUAAUCACCAGCAGAUGAGUGAAGGACAAAGACAGAAAUCCGAAUUUUACAACCGCACAGCAUCUGAGUCAAAUGUGUACUUGAAUAGUUUCCAUUAUCCAGACCACAGCUACAAGGACCAGGCCUUUGACACUUUGAGCCUGGACAGCUCUGACAGCAUGGAGACCAGCAUCUCUGCCUGCUCACCCGACAAUAUCUCUAGUGCCAGUACUUCAAAUAUUGCUAGAAUAGAAGAAAUGGAGAGGCUGUUGAAACAGGCUCAUGCCGAAAAGACACGGCUGCUUGAAUCCAGGGAACGGGAAAUGGAAGCCAAAAAACGAGCUCUGGAAGAAGAAAAACGACGCCGAGAACUCCUAGAAAAACGAUUGCAGGAAGAAACUAGCCAGAGGCAGAAGUUAAUAGAGAAGGAAGUGAAAAUAAGGGAGAAACAAAGGGCACAGGCUCGUCCCUUGACACGUUAUCUACCUGUCCGGAAGGAAGACUUUGAUUUGCGGAGCCACGUAGAAACUGCUGGCCACAAUAUUGACACCUGUUAUCACGUAUCCAUCACAGAGAAGACCUGUCGAGGAUUCCUCAUCAAAAUGGGUGGAAAAAUUAAAACUUGGAAAAAACGUUGGUUUGUUUUUGAUCGAAAUAAGAGAACAUUUUCUUAUUAUGCAGAUAAGCAUGAAGCUAAAUUAAAAGGAGUAAUAUACUUUCAAGCUAUUGAAGAAGUAUAUUAUGAUCACCUUAAGAAUGCUAAUAAGAGCCCUAAUCCAUUACUCACCUUUAGUGUCAAGACGCAUGACAGAAUCUAUUAUAUGGUGGCCCCAUCACCCGAAGCCAUGAGGAUCUGGAUGGAUGUAAUAGUUACCGGGGCAGAAGGAUACACUCACUUCUUGUUGUAGUGAAUAGAAGAAAUCGUCCACUUCAGGGCAGACUGCAAUAAUCCCAUACAAGAAUGAAGCCAUAUGCAAUCUCAGAUGGAAUGACCUGACACACCCCUCCUAUAACUGUACAUGCUCAGAACUCUUUUCUUAUUGGGAAGUCUUUUGUAAAAAGAAAGAAGAAGCUUAAUUCAAAGUUUGAUCAUACGUAGCAAAAGAAUUAAAGUUCCUGUGAGAAACACUAUUUUGAUAAAUAUCACAUAUGAACAUUUCAUAUGAACUAUUUUUAUCAAUUGUUGGUUUUGGUGAAAUGAAUAACAGUUUACAAAAUGUCUGUAUAUAUGUACUUGGAAAUAUGGAAUUAUUUUAGCAUCCAAAUCAUUGCCAUUGACAUUAUUGGUAAUCAACUGACUUUUUAAAAAACUGCAUUUUAUAAAUACAAGCAAAUAAGGGCUUGGAGGAGAAUGUCCUUUAAGAAUUUUGCCUUAAUUUUUAAGUACUGCACCAAAACCAAAGACUUGGCAUGACUUCUAUUUAACAGUAGUAGUUUCAAGUAGUGAACUGCACUUGGUGUUGCUCUAUAUUUUAAAAUGAUAUUUUGAUGCCAUUAAGUGCCAUGGAAAUUGACAUUGCAAUGUCAACAUCAGUAUAAGCUAUGAAACAUAUAUAGUAAACCAUUUAUUAUAACAGAAGAAAAAAAUAGCUGUGUGUUUCAAAAAAAAAAAAGCCCCUGUAGACAACAGACAUUCUCUCAUAUUGGACAAUUUUAAAUAAAGAGAACAUUUGAUGUUAGGAACUUAUUUUGCUGAAGAUUUCUCCAUUCCCAAUGCUGAGAGUAAAGGCAACCAGUAGCAUAUUUUCUUUAUGGAUUGUUAUGGAGCAUACUUGUUAACUGCAGCCUCUCAUGACUUAACUCUGAAUUCAUAGCUCUGUUUUCGCCAAAGAACAGAAUAAUUAAAAUACCUAUUUACAAAAAUGGUGUAGUUCUAUAAAAAGGCAAGCAAAAUUCACUUAACAUUCUCUAUAAUAGUUUAUUAUGUAUUUCUUUUACUUAGCUUUUGUUUUUUGGAGUUAAAUUAAUUUGUUGAAUUAAAUGACUUCAGGCAAGUCUCUUUUAUAAUGGUUUUUCGGAUGCCAUUUAAUCUAGUUUUUCAUGUUUUGUGUGUUUGUAAGAAUGAAUAUACUCUUUCCCAAACAUGGCAAAUAAAUAGAAGUAGAAAACAAUGACAUAACUUACAAAGGGGAAAUGACUAGCUUAAAAGUGUCUAUAAAAUCCGUCAGGCCUGUUUGGGUACAAUUUUCUUUUUUAUUUUGCAAUGUAGUCUGUAUACAUAUGUACCUGUUGCCAAUAAUAAGAUUUUGCAACUGGAUGACACAAGAUUUUACUUGAACAAUGAAGGACAAAAAUCAUGAUUGUAGAAGAUAUUUUUAAAAUCUGAUUUUACAGAGAUCACCUUUAAACUGAUUAAUGAUCUAAGAGAUUGAAAUGCAAUUGUUGAGAUUUUGUUGGUUAAUAUGAAGACAAAACUUUUCUGUACUGUAUUAUCUCCAUAGGAUUGUAAGGGUAUUCUAAUCAAUUUGCAUGAUUUAAACCUUUCAAAUUUGUGUGUUAAAUGUAUUGAGUUUGGAUUAAAAUGUUGACCUGAUUUCA